AUGGAUACUGAAAAUGAGCAAGAAACUGUUAAUGAAGUGGAUUAUUACACUUUUUUAAAUGUAUCCAGAAAUGCAACUCCUGAAGAAAUUCAGCAAGCGUACAGAAGACAAAGUAGACUUUACCAUCCAGAUAAACAUGUGGAUCCAAUUUUGAAAAAAAAAGCCGAAGUUUUAUUUAGUCGCACUAAUAAAGCAUAUGAAGUUUUAAGUGAUCCACACCAAAGAGCAAUCUACGACUCUCUAGGGGUCCGCGGAUUAGAAACCCAAGGAUGGGAAAUAGUCCAACGCACAAAAACACCCCAAGAAAUUAGAGAAGAGUAUGAGCGCAUCGCUAAAGAACGGGAAGAAAGACGACUAGAGCAGCGGACAAACCCUAAGGGUAACGUUACUGUCUUUAUAAACGCCACAGAUAUUUUUAAUAAGUAUGACGAAGACUAUGAAAUCAAUGAUGGAAUAUUGGGAGGCAUCGAAGUCAGCGGCAUGUCAUUCCAGCAGUCGAUUGAAGCCCCCCUGACACUAAAAGACACUUUGACCCUCUACGGACAAGUGGAUGCUGAAAAUGGUACCGGGGUAGGAUCGAUAAAUGUCGCUGCCAGAAGAACUCUGUCAUCUAAAAGCUGGAUGGAGUUUGAUGUUGGAGCCGGAAAUGGUCCUGUCGCGACUGUCAAAUUCUAUCGUUCUCUUACACGUCGAUUAUUUUGUACCGGCGCGACUAUCUUGCAAUUCAAACAAGAUGAAAUAAGAUCCGGAUUAGUUGGAUCUCUAGGACUGCAGUUGGAUAAACAAAGCGUAGGAUACUUAACAUUUAAAUGCGGAAUUCAAAAUUCAAUGUCUACAAUGUUUGUUCGUGACACGCCAGAAUCUUACACCGCUUUUACUUUACAAUUUGGGUAUUUAAAUACGUUUGCCAGCAUUAGUUAUACUUAUAAAAUGGAAGAGAAAAAAAUGAAGCUACGAGGAACGUUAAAAGCUGGUACUCUCGGAGCUUACGUCGAAUACGGUGCUGAGAAAAAAGUAUCAAAACACAGCGCCUUGUCGGCGUCAGUCCGAGUCGGAGUGCCCAGUGGAGUCACGCUGAGAAUAAAAUUAAUCCGCGCCACGCAAACUUAUGUAUUCCCGAUUCACCUCUGCGAGGAAGUGUUGCCCUCGCCGAUAUUUUACGCCACCGUGGCGCCGCUUAUCACGUGGACUAUUGUAAAGAAAAUAAUCGUCGAGCCGAUGAUGAAGGAGCAGAAGGACCGCGAGAAGGAAAAGCAGAAGGAGUUGAACCGCGUUUGGACGCUGCAGAAGCAGAGAGAAGCCAAAGCCGCGGUGGAACUCAUGAUGGCUACUUUUAGCAGGAUCAGAGCCGACGAAGAGGCUAAACACGGGCUAGUCAUCACCAAGGCGCUUUACGGAAGGUUCGUUUUUUCUAACAGGCGCAAUAUUCCUCAGGAAAUUCUUGAUGAGGCCAGGGAUGAUGUUAUUGAUGUCACUAUUCCUUUGCAAUGUUUAGUUGUUAACUCGCGCUUAGUUCUUCAUGAAGCUUCCAAGAGUGAAUUACCUGGAUUUUACGACCCGUGUUUUGGAGAAGACAAACAAUUACUAUUACAAUAUUUAUUUCACAAACAAACUCAUGAGUGUCUUGUUAAAGAUAAUGAGCCUCUAAGAAUACCUCUACAAUCUCACCGAGUAAAUACUACUUGA